GCAACACUGACGCGGAAAUGAAAGUUCGCUAGCAACAACGGCGGAGCACAGCUGAAAAAGAGCAGUGAUGUCAUGGCAGCUGCCAGCAUGACCAGACCUGGCAGUGCCCAGACCACUGAAAAGUCUCCGCUGAUCCUGAAAGUGUUGUCGGCGAAGCCCCAGUCCCCCAAACUGCCGAACCGCCACUCUCGGCUGAGUUCCUUUGUCGAAGUGACUGCUGACGGUCUGACCAGCGAAACCAAAAAAACAGGGAAACGCAGCGGGCACCUCGAGCUGCAGUGGAAUGAAGACCUCACCCUUAAUGUAACUCCUCAAAGUCGUCUGGAUCUAAAGCUGUGGAGCUGCCAUACCUUGAGGAAGGAGCUAUUGGGCAGCGCUACUAUAGACCUGUUGGAGACACUGCGCACACAUGAUGGCAAAAUGGAGAACGUCCAGCUGAGUCUGGUGCUGCAGACGGAGAACAAAGGCUCGGUUGUAGCAGGAGGGGAGCUCAACGUCUGUCUGGACGGCAUGGUUGUUGAUCUGGGCUCUCUGCCCAAUGGCAGCGCGGCAGCAGACAAGAUGCUUCAGUCUGACAGACCCAACCUGAGGAGGACACAGAGCGAGGACACCUCCAGUACAGCUGGAUCUCAAAGCAGAAGCAACAGGCACUCGGUGGGGGGUCCGCAGGGUGAAUCUCCGGGAGUCUCCAGAGGGAGCUCUCUGACAAAUGGGGAGCUGAACGAGGAGCAGAUCCCUGGGCCAGGCUCCUCUUCACGCCGCCGCUCCUCAAAGGGUCACGGCAGCCCUGGAGGCGGUGCAGAUAAAGUCGAGUUGAUGUCUAACGGGAUGGAGAGCAGUCGUGGAGGUGUGGUUCGCCAGACUCCUCCACCGCCCUCUCCAUCAGGCCGAUCUCCGGCCGCCAGCAGCAGCGGCAGCAGCCCCUCUCCCGGUCAAGAGGCCCUGGGCUCCAGCACCCCCGCCGAGCCGGGUCCUAACAACACAUCCAGCACAGAGCAAGCCAGCGUCGGCACCACCGAGCCCACCACAGAAACGCUCCCGGCAGGCUGGGAGCAGCGGGUUCUUCCUCAUGGCAGAGUGUAUUAUGUCGACCACAACACCAAAACCACGACUUGGGAGAGACCACUGCCACCUGGCUGGGAGAAGCGGGUGGACCAGCGGGGACGGUUCUACUACGUGGACCACAACACCAGAACAACCACAUGGCAGAGGCCCACGGCCGAGUCCGUGCGUAACUACCAGCAGUGGCAGAGCCAGCGCAGCCAGCUGCAGGGCGCCAUGCACCAGUUCAGCCAGCGCUUCCUCUACCAGCCGUCCGGCGCCCCGGUGGAAAACGACCCUCUGGGACCGCUGCCUCCAGGAUGGGAGAAACGCCAGGACAAUGGCAGAGUGUACUUCGUCAACCACAACACACGGACGACACAGUGGGACGAUCCUCGAACCCAAGGGAUGAUCAAGGAGCACCCCCUGCCCCCGGGCUGGGAGAUGAAGUACACUGCAGAGGGAGUCCGAUAUUUUGUGGACCACAACUCGCGCACCACCACCUUUAAAGACCCCAGACCUGGGUUUGAGUCAGGGUCACGGCAGGGCGGUUCUCCCGGCGCCUACGACCGCAGCUUCAGGUGGAAAUACCACCAGUUCCGUUUCCUGUGUCAUUCCAACGCCCUGCCCAGCCAUGUGAAGAUCUCCGUGUCCAGACAGACGCUGUUUGAAGACUCGUUUCAGCAGAUCAUGAACGUGAAGCCGUACGAUCUCCGCCGCCGACUCUACAUCAUCAUGAGAGGAGAGGAGGGGCUGGACUACGGCGGGAUCGCCAGGGAGUGGUUCUUCCUGCUGUCUCACGAGGUUCUGAACCCCAUGUACUGUUUGUUUGAAUACGCCGGCAAGAACAACUACUGUCUCCAGAUAAACCCGGCCUCCUCCAUCAACCCCGACCACCUCACGUACUUCCGCUUCAUCGGGCGCUUCAUUGCCAUGGCUUUGUACCACGGAAAGUUCAUCGACACCGGCUUCACGCUGCCCUUCUACAAGCGAAUGCUGGACAAGAAACCCACACUCAAAGACCUGGAGUCCAUAGACCCCGAGUUCUUUAACUCCAUCAUGUGGGUCAAAGAGAACAACCUGGAGGAGUGUGGCGUGGAGCUGUACUUUGCACAAGACAUGGAGAUCCUGGGCAAGGUUACCACUCACCAGCUGAAGGACGACGGAGAGAACGAGCUGGUCACUGAGGAAAACAAGGAGGAGUACAUCGGACUUCUGACGGACUGGCGGUUCACCCGCGGCGUGGAGGAGCAGACCAAGGCCUUCCUGGACGGCUUCAACGAGGUGGUUCCUCUGGAGUGGCUCCGCUACUUUGAUGAGAAGGAGCUGGAGCUGAUGCUGUGUGGGAUGCAGGAGAUUGAUCUGGCUGACUGGCAGAAGAACACCAUCUACAGGCACUAUACCAAGAACAGCAAGCAGAUCCACUGGUUCUGGCAGGUUGUGAAGGAGAUGGACAACGAGAAGAGGAUCCGUCUGCUUCAGUUUGUAACAGGAACCUGCCGGCUGCCGGUCGGAGGCUUCUGUGAGCUCAUAGGAAGUAACGGUCCCCAGAAGUUCUGCAUAGACAAAGUGGGGAAGGAGAUUUGGCUUCCAAGAAGUCACACGUGCUUCAAUCGUCUGGACCUGCCGCCCUACAGAAGCCUUGAGCAGCUCAGAGAAAAACUCCUGUUCGCCAUCGAGGAAACGGAGGGAUUCGGACAAGAGUGAAAUAGGAAAACGGAGACGAGCCGGCGGGACGACAACAGUUAAUUCAGCAGGAUAGAGUUUUGUUUUGUUCUUAAUUUGUCAAUCACAGGGUUGAACGUCACCCGUCAUCUGAAAGCCCUGACCUCGGGGAGGGUGUUUGUGAACUGAAUCAUGGGUUAGCGGUGCAGCUCGGACACACAGAAACACAGAAGAAGAGUGUGUGUGAGUGGGUGCACGUGCGCUUCGUUGCUCAUGUUAAUGCCAUUGUGUAUAUGCACGUAGAUGGUGUGUGUUGGUCUGUGUGGGUCGGCACGUAACACCCCCACACUUCCACUCCUCGCUUAGAACCGCACCAAAACCCGACGGCAUUAUAGUCCUAAUGUCGACUCACAACAACGGCACAGCUACACGCAAAUGCAGUAUAACAUAUCUAACGGAGAAAAAUACACUUUUUUAACAUUUUAAAAGCACCGCAAGAGAGUCACCGGAGUUCAUGAGAGGGGCCAAGAGUGUCGUUAUCAUGAAUUAGUGCACCUCUGUAACAGAGGCUAGAGAGAGGACGUGUUUUAUUUUUUAUUUUUCUGUUAAUUGUGAAGUCAGCAUUUUCCCUUGUACAGAUGCAAAAUAAAUGAGAUUUGAGUCUUAA